UGCAAACAAACGGUCCAGUGCUAAUCUAAUUGUCUAAAGAAAAGAAUCGCAGCACCUAGAGAUGGGCAUCGGCAUAUCACGCAUUCACGCACGCCUCAGAACUCGGAAGUCAACCAUACUCGCAUCGCCGAUUUGCCGGACGCCGCCGAACCGCCGCUCGCCCUCUCCGCCGUUCUCAUCACUGGAGGCCGGACGCCCACCCUCUGCUGCUCGCCGGCUGCUGUCUGCUUCUCUGGAGGAGUCCAGUCUCGACACAGCCAAGCUGCCAAGGGCCCCGGGUAAACAUCGGUCCUAGCUACGCCCCUGCUCGUAGGGUUCUUGCUCGACGCUCCUCCAGUAGCUCCAGUCAGCACUAGUGCACCACUGCACCAGCGAUCCAACUUCCAGUAUCCAGUCAAUCCACGGCUCUUUCGCGGCACUGCCUCCACGCGAUCACGCCUUAACAGUCAACAUGUAAAAGGCUGACUAGUGAUUAUAUGAAAAUGAUCUGCUCAAGGCAUGUUUCUUGUCUGAUAUUUAUUAUUAACUUGAUCCUCAUUGGUCCAGCACUGAGUCAUCAGAGUAAAAGUCUAUCACAAUUCAAUUUUCAUAGGCUUGAGACCAAAUUCUUGAAUGUUGGGGAUGAACUUCAUAAGGAAACUAUUCCUCUACAGUCAGGAUCUCGUCUCUACCAUUUGCAGGGACUGAAGUCUCACACUUGGUAUGAAGUGAAGAUAUCUUAUCCUGCAUCUAUACCUGCUACUUUUUCCUUACAACUGAAGAGAGGUAGUUCAAAGUUUGAGUCAAGUCAGGGAAGAAAGUUACUGAAUACUGAAAAGUUAAUUUUCAAGACCGGUAGCUUGGACUUGCUAAAUAAUCAGGAUGCUAUGUUUAUUCUAGUAACCGUGGAGCCUGAGGGGUUUGUUGCAAUACCUGGAGUUCAGGAAAGAAAUUCCAUCAUGUUUAACAUAGUUUGUGAUGAACUAUAUUUGGGCAUUCCACAGAAAGCGUGGUACGUUGUUGUGUUGGUAAUACUGUGCUUGGUAGUCUCAUUUGCCAUCCCAUCAUUUCUUCCACCGCACCUUCUACCAAGGAACUCAAAGAAGAAAUAAAUAUAGCUGUUGAUCACAAAUCAUUAUUUAGGAUUUUCAAAUAGGCUCUGUACUUCGCGGGUGAAUGAGUUCCUUGUGUAUUUUUUUUCUUCUGUGCAGUCUCGCGCAUAAGCAAUUUUUACAAUUUUUUUCUUACACUCUUGAGUGGCAGACUAUGUUCUGUGGUUUGAAAUGUUCUAAAAAGAUUAGACAUAGUUACAGACAUGUUCUAAAUAGGUCCUGGUGGAUGGGGCCUAAACCGGCUGAUUAGACAUGGUUACAGGGCUCAAUUCAAAACAAAAGCACUAGUACUCGAGAAAUGUCUAGUGGAGACCUAUUGUUCUGAUGCCAUAGUGCAUUAAUGCCUGGGUGAAAAUGGAAAAAGUAUAUUUAGUGGGCG